AGGCAGAGGAGAACAGGCAGGUAGGGAGGAAGGAGAGGUGCAAGGUGUUAGCAGAUCAGCUCCUGACCGAUCGUGUGAAGUGGUAAAGCUCCCAAACACACGGCAUAACACCAACAUACAACCGGAGGAAAAUGCUGCUUCUUCCCAGGAGAGAGACAUCCCUCGGUUUACUAUAGUCUGCGACUGAUGUGGGCUUCUGAAAGCGAGCCUCCUUUUGUUUCAAGCCAGUCCUUGAAGACCCUGCAGGACGUCGGCUUGUGACUGACGGCGAUGGGUUCACGGGGUCAAACACUGGCCUGGACUUUGCUUCCACUGCUUCUGUUGGGAAUGACCUGCUUAUCGCACAGUUCCCUUGUGAAAGUCAAUAAGGGUUUAAAGGUGAAACGGGGGCAGGCAGCCUUCCUGCAGGAGGGUGACCUGCAGUUCCAUAUUCCCCCUCACAAGGAUGCAUGCAAGGUGGAAGUGGUGUUAAAUGAGCCCAUAACUCAACGAGUGGGGACACUCAUGCCUCAGGUGUUUGACUGCCAUUAUCUGGCUGAUGAGGUAAAGUACGUCCAUAACGGCUGUCCAUUGUUAAAGGAGGACACUGUCAAGCUUCGCCUGUACAGGUUCACAGAGACAGAGACAUACAUGGAGGUGUUUUCACUCCAUGUGGACAUUAUGGAACCUGAAUGCAGCAUCAUAAAGCUCGGGCCCAAAUCCCUGGAGGUUCCUGAAUUCUACGGGCUCUCUGAUGCUGUGGAUGGCAAUGUGGUGUCCUUCCACUAUGAGAAGAGGUCCAACCUUGAGUGUAGCAUCCAUCUGAGUAGCCGUGACACCCACCUGCCAGCCCACGGCCAACUGGUCACCGGAGAGCCAGAGAAAGCUACGAAGAGAGGGGACGAGCCAGAGAGCUUCAUCCACCUACGUCAGCAGCUAGAUAAUAAAGCUCGAGCGAUGUGUAAAUCCGAAGACUGCCUGAAGGGUCUGAAGCUCGUAAAGUUCACCAAAAUUCCCUGUGAUGACUUCCUGGUGAUGGGGCUGAGGUAUCAGCACAUAGACCCUCCUUCUCCAAAUGUGGACUACAUUGCAAUCAGACUGGACCUUAAGGACACCAGGAGUGGCAGCAUAUAUCAGUCAGAACAGGCCUGGAUUCCAGUGCAGAUAGUUGGCGCCAUGCCCAACCAGCCUCCCAAACCGUCCUUCAUGUCCAUGUUUAUCCUGGAAGUGGACCAGUUCAUCCUCACUCCGCUCUCCACUGCUACGCUAGACGCCGAAGAUGAGGAAUCUCUCAAACAACUUUUGGUUUUCAACAUCACCAAGCCCCCCGUGGACGGCUUCAUCGCCCAUCUAUCUGAUCACACUCGGCCAAUCUCCUCCUUUACAUGGAUCGAUCUCAACGACAUGCUCAUUGGGUAUCAACCUCCGAACUCCUCACAUACCCAACGGCGGAAUUAUGAGGUGGAAUUUGAGGUGCAUGAUUUUUUCUUCGAGAAGAGCCCUUCAAUGACUGUUCACAUAUCUGUAAGGAAUGCGGACACGAAUGCACCCAGAGUGUCUUGGAACAUGGGUCUCAGUCUGUUAGAGGGUCAGUCCCGGCCUAUAAUGUGGGAGCAGCUCCAGAUUGUGGACAACGACAACCUGAAUGCUGUUCGAAUCAUCACUGUUGACGGCCUGCAGCACGGACGGCUCACUGUCAGAGGUGGAAAGGGCUUCACAUUCACUGUCAAUGACCUCAAAGCUGGCGUGGUUCGCUAUCACCACGACGACAGUGACUCCACCAAAGACUUCAUAAUCCUCCGCAUCACUGAUGGCCACCAUCAGACCCGACACAAGUUCCCCAUCAAGAUCCUGCCGAAGGACGACACCGCUCCAUUCCUCAUCACCAACAUGCUGCUGGAGGUGUCUGAGGGCCAGACGGCUUUGCUGAGAGGCUCAACCCUCCAGGCCUCAGACAUGGACUCCAGCGAUGACUACAUCCUCUUUAACAUCACCCGCCCCCCGCAGGCAGGAGAGGUCAUGAAAAUUCCAGGACCAGGGCUCACAGGUUAUCCUGUCAGCCACUUUCUGCAGAAAGACCUGUCACACUCCAUGAUUUACUAUCGACACCUAGGAAAUGAGGUGUUUGAUGACUCCUUUGAGGUGGUACUGUCGGAUUUUCACGACCCCCCCAACCUGUCUGAGUCUCAAGUGGUGAUGGUGCACAUAGAGCCUGUUCCGGACCAACCACCUAAAGAGGUUCCUGGUUCCAGCCGGUGUCUUGUGAUCAAAGAAACAGAAGUGGUCCAUAUAACACGGCAACAGCUUUACUUUGUAGACCAGGAGUCCCCAGACAGCGAGCUUACGUAUACGGUUACAACUCCACCUUUCUACACCGGUCCUCACAGCAGUCUGGAUGCGGGGAGGUUGUUCUUAGUCGACAGCAUACCCAAAUUCACUAAAGACUCCAGCGCGCCAGUGCUGAGGCUCUUCACACAGCAUGCAGUGAACUUCAUGAAAGUAGCCUACAUGCCUCCAAUCAUGGACAUUGGCCCUUACCCCCAGCACAUCCAGUUAAUUCUCUCUGUAACCAACCACCUGGGCAGAACUGUCACUGGGAUCUGCUUUAACAUCACUGUGGUGCCCGUGGACAACCAGCCCCCACAGGUUAUUACCAACCCUCUGACUGUGGAUGAGGGAGGGGAGUGCUGGCUCGGCCCCGACCACUUGCUGCUGUCAGAUGUGGACUCCAUGGAAGAAGCCCUGCGGGUGCAGCUUCAGAGGGAACCACAGCAUGGAGCUCUGCAGCUGGGCGGCCUCCCGCUCAAAGCAGGCCAUGUUUUCACUGUGCAAGACCUGAAAAGCUUUAAAGUUAGGUACAAUCACGAUAGCUCAGAAACAGUCAAGGACAACAUUGAAUUCACUGCAACUGAUGGCAACAAUUCAGUCACGUUUGUCCUGCAAGUGAAGGUGAUGCCCAUCAAUGACGAGGUCCCGGUGUUGGUUGCCGGUUUGAAACCAGUUCUCAGCUGUGGAGAGGGACAGGAAAUAGUAAUCACAGCAGAGUUUAUCUAUGCUACCGAUGCAGACAGCGACAACAGCAGCCUGGCUUUCCUCAUCGCCCGGCAGCCGUAUCACGGCGUGGUGCUCCGAGACGGCGUCAUCGUCGAUCGCUUCAUCCAGGCAGACAUCACAGCAGGGAUCAUCACCUACAAACACACAGGACUGGAGAUUGGACUUACUCCUCGCCAUGACACCAUCACCUUUGUUAUUUCUGACGGAGAAACAGAAAACUCUGCUCUGUGCUGCAGUGAAGGACGUCCCACCAGGACCAGAGGCAGGGCUCAGCUCCGGGACAGCCUGCCCGUGUACGACCUCCAGAUCACAGUGUUCCCGGUCGACAGCCAGCCCCCUUCCCUAACAAAAGGAGACAUCUUUAUAGUGGAUGAGGGAGGGACUGCCCCGAUAACUGCAUCUCAUUUGAAGGCCUCUGACGUGGACACCGUCCUGGACGAGCUGGUGGUCAGCCUGAUUUCUCCGCCCCAGUUUGGCUACAUUGAAAAUGUCCUGCCCAGUCCAGGCUUUGAGAAAAGCAACACGGGCAUAAGCAUAGCCUCCUUUUCAUACAAAGACAUCACUGACGGUCAUGUGAACUACGUACAGUCCAGACACCAGAGGAUGGAGCCCACGGCUGACCAGUUCAUGCUCUGCGUAUCAGACGGCAAACACAGCUCUGCCCACGUCCCCUUCUACAUCAUUAUUAACCCGACAAACGAUGAGAUCCCAGAGUUUGUGGCUCGCAACAUCACAGUACGCGAAGGAGAAAUGAAGCAGCUGGACUCAUCAGUUUUACACGCGAUGGAUCUGGAUGUCCCCAAGAACAUCCUGAGCUUCAGUGUGGUCAAAGCCCCGCAGCACGGCAGCAUCAUCAACCACAGCGGUGAAAAGCCAGUCCACAAGAGGCGGGAGGCCGGUCUUCCAUCGUCAGUGGUCGACUUUACAAUGACGGAUCUAACAAAUGGUAUGGAUCUGAUGUACAUGCACGAUGACUCAGAGAAUAUGGAGGACAGUUUUACCAUCCGGCUGACUGAUGGCAGGCACCACCUCCACAGACAAGUGAUGGUCAAAGUGCUGCCGGUCAAUGACGAGGAGCCUCGUGUCAUCAGGAACAACGGCCUGGAGGUGGAGCCAGGGGAAGCCAGGCUUAUAUCCAGCGUGACUCUCUUUGCACAAGACAGUGACACUCCUCCUUCAGAGGUCAUGUACAUGUUUGAGAGUGCUCCUACCCAAGGACUGCUUCAGGUUAAGGCAGGUCAGGACUGGGUGACACUGACAGCAGGGAGAAACUGCACCCAGGACAAGUUGGACAUGAACCUUCUACGCUACAAGCACACAGGCCUGCACGGCGCUAAAACACAGGACUUCUUUGUCUUCUACUUGUCGGAUGGAAAGAACCAGUCACCACCACAGCAUUUCCACAUCUCUGUCAAAGAUCUAGAGAAAGGAAAUAUUGCCAUCUUUGUGACGCCGGUGAACGUCAGCCGUGGGGAUCGUGUGGUUCUCACCACAGAUGUGCUGCUAGCCACAGAUGGCACAGACAAGCCUGAGGAGCUCCUGUAUGUCAUCACCAACCCUCCUCCUCAUGGACACAUAGAGUACAUCAAACAUCCUGGACUGGCCAUCUCCACCUUCAGCCAGAUGGACAUAGCAGCCAACCUUGUGGCUUAUGUGCAUGACAACCGUGCCAGCACACCCACGGAAACCUUUCAGUUUGUGGUGAGUAAUGGUAAGACCAGCCGAAAUGGAAGCUUUGAGAUCGCAGUGGAAAUGGUGGAUCGCGUCCUGCCCUCCCUGUCCUCCAACAAAGGCCUCUCAGUUCCACAGGGUUCCUCUAUGAUCCUGGGUCCUGACUGCCUGGCCAUGUCUGACCCCGACACUCCACCCAAUGCCCUGACCUUUGUCCUCCUCCAGCCUCCACAGUAUGGCAGGCUGCUUUUAGGUGGCACUACACUCGUUGCUGGCUCAAACUUCACCCAGAGAAACAUACAGGAGUUGGAGGUGACGUAUAAACAUGAUGGAGGGCCAUCGCAGAUCGACCGAUUUGCCUUCACUGCCUCUGACAGCACCAAUCGGGGCUUCCUGUUGGAUGGGAGGUUACAAACGGCACCUGAGUUCUUCACAAUUCAGAUCAAGCCUUUGGAUAAAUCGUCUCCUGAGGUCGUGAAGCUGCUUCCUCUUUGGAAAGCAGAGCUCUUAGCUGAUGGGCGACACGGGAUCUUUCUGUCUUCUCAUGAGCUGAAGGCCCGGGACAGCGACAGCAGAGAAGAGGAGCUGAUGUUCUGCAUCGUUCGCCCGCCCUACUUUGGUUAUCUCGAAAACAUCACCACAGGGGGUUUUGUACCACAGCGCUUCUCUCAGAUGGACCUGAACAAGAGGACUAUUGCCUACAUCAUCAACCCAGAGCGGGAGUCUCUCUCAGACAGCCUGGAGUUCACAGUGUCUGAUCCUUUGGGGAACACCGGGCCCUCUCACGUACUUGACUUCAGCUGGUCCGGCGUGGAGCUGUCUCAGCCUGAGUACUCCGUGUGUGAGGAGCAGGGGACCGUCUCGCUGGACAUCAUCCGAAAAGGAAACCUGGCAGAGUCUUCAUACAUCACUGUCAAGGUAAAGGAGUUGACUGCAGGAGCUGGAAGAGAUUUCCUCAUAAGCUCUUCCUCCCUCAUUCAGUUUGAUCCAGGAGUGUCAAAGAGGAGCUGGCAAGCUGAGAUCAUUCAGGAUGACCUUGAGGAGGCUGAGGAGGCGUUUGAAGUGCUGCUGGUCUCCCCUGAAGGCACAGUGAUCGGCAGCAUUAACAAGGCUCAAGUCACCAUCAGGGAGUCGGGGAGGAAGGAGGAAGGAAGAGGAGGGUGCCAGCUGGACCACGAUCGGGAGGCUCCUGUCCUUGGAGGAAAAGAGAUUCGGUCGGACACGUACCCCCAGCAUGGGUCCAUUCAACUGGAGAAACUGCCCCUCGGCACAGAUUCAGUAAUCUGGACCCGCGGAGACAGCAUCUCCAGGCCUCGAGCAGAUGUCCAAAAAAAGAAACUAAAGGUUCUGGGCAAUCCAAAGUCUAUUGCACCAUCAUCAGUUUUUCACAAUGGGACAGACAUAGUUUACACGUAUCAUGGGAUCAUGCAAAUGCGAGUAGAAGACGACACCUCCCCAUCGAGGAAGGGCAGGAAGGCAAACAUCCGUGUGGUUAGCAGGGGAGCACAGCAGCAGGCAUCAGCAGUGAAUACGAAGUCAAAGUCAGAUCAAACAAAGACCACAAAACUGCAAAAAACUGCACUGGCAAAAAGACGUACUACAGCUGAUAACUCAGUGCCCAAGCCCUGUGCGCCAGAACUGAUGGGACUCCUGCAUUUCAACCAGACUACCAAUCAGCUCUUUCACUGCAACGGUGUGUCCUGGAAACCCUGGGCACCGACUGAUCAGAUGGUGAGUGCUCAGAUGUGUCCUCAGGGCUGGACCUUUCAUGGUGGCCGCUGCUACACCCUCAGCACCGAGCACAAGGUCACAUGGAGCGCGGCUAACAGGGCGUGCAGGGAGAGAUAUAAAGGCACUCUAGCAAGCGUUCUCUCUAAAGCCGACAUGGACUGGCUGUGGGACUUCAGCGGGAGAAAGCCGUUCUGGAUAGGCCUGAAUGACAGAGAGGGCCGAGGACGUUGGGAGUGGGUGGGCGGUGAGCCGGUCAGCUACACCAACUGGAGAAAGACACCCCCUCGGUCCAAAAUGAAGGGAAGCAAAAAGUGCGUCCUGGUGUGGAGAAGGGCGAAGUGGCAAAUCAGGAACUGCAAGACGAGCAGGGGUCAUCAGUUCGUGUGUUCGGUUAAAACUUGAAGCUGACGGCGUCCGCAGCAUCACAGCGUCAAGCCUCAGUGCUGUAUCAGAGGAGCGGCAGGAGGAAGGACUGAUCCUCAGGACAUUUACACUGCAAUAACAGUUUCCAAUAAGGAUCAAUGGGAACUUUGCUGGAGCUGUUCGUAUCAUUUAGAAUGAACUCUGUGACAUUUAUUGUGUCUAAACUGCAUUUACUCUAAUUAACCACCAAAGGUAUUGUUAUAUGUUGUAUGUAAAGCUCACAAGAUUUUUUUUUAAUGUAUUUAGAGUUGGUUGCUUAUUUCAGACAGAACCAAGGUUGGAUUAGCAGCAGGAGCCUGUGACCAUCAGGGGCUCUGAAACCCCCGGACUCACUGUGUGUCAGCUGGUUUGUGGUCCAGGUCAUUCAUGGGCAAAUCGGUUCUGCAACAUUAUCUAAGCCCCCCUGUGUCCACAUCUAAUUUUAAGCCUUUUGUUAUGUUUAUGUUCAUGUAAUUUAUAUUGCGCUUGAAUUGUACAUAUUCCUAAAUUAAUUUGUGUUUACUGGCACAAGAUGAUUGAUAGAUAAUAUUCUGUCCGAGCUGCUGUACUGUACUUGAUGGGACAGUGCGCGGACCGUAUUGGUGUUAGUGGGAAGGGGGACCAAUGGAGGCCCAAAAGGCAUUUUUUUGUCAGAGGGGCUCAUGUUGUUCUUGUUAAACUGCUCACAGAUCCCUGUCUCAACAUCAGAGCUCCUCCUCUCACCGAAGACGUCGUCAAAAUUCAUUAUUUCCAUUCACAGACAUGUUUAUUAGCCCUGUAAGCAGAAAAUUUUGUUUAUUGUUUUCAUUUGUAGACUGUGUAGAUUCCCAUGAAACGGUCUUAUUUAAAAAUGAUCCUCACAGUAUUGCAGGAAGAAUCACAUCAGUAUUUGUGAGAAUUCCUCCAGUCAGAUUUCAGGCAGCAGGCUCUAAUCUGUGUUGUAAGAGAUCAUAUGUAAGUGAUCAUCUGCUCCAAAAUAAACUCAGAUUGUACAAGUAAUGUUACCUCUAAAUCCAAUAAUAGGCCAUUGUCUACAGUCAGCAAUGGCUCAGGAUCUUGUUUAAUAAUGUUGACAUUUCUUCAUUGGUUAUAAGCCGGUGUUGUUGUUCCGUUUUUGAGAAUUCAGACCUAUCAGUGUUAUUGAGAACUUGGCCAGUGGGUCCUGUAAACCACAAGGUUAAGCAGCAAUGUGAUUAUCCCCAUCAUGUGAUCUGCAGCCGGGGUAUGAAAGAGGGCCUUUUAUGUGAGCUGUAAGCACUUCUCAGAGGUUUGCAUGCGCUGAAGAGAUACGCCAGAUCCCCCUCAGCUCGGUAAGUCCAGAUAAAACUCAACAGAUAAGCGUAUGUGAUGUGCGUCGGCUGCGUCUCCGUUCGUACGUGAGUGUUUCAACCUGAAAUGUGUGUGUGAUGGCAGCUUUUGGGCCAUCAGGCAGUGAGGAGGGAAGUCCUUUAAGUUUUGAGACAGUCACAUUUUGACUGAUAUGGAGUAGUAUGUGAUGUAUUAAGUGCGUUAGCAGCUGCUCACUUAGUUUACAUACAGUAUCUGCAGCCAUGGCCCAUAUUUUCAUACAUGGAAACGACUAAAAUCCAUCACUUUUACAGCAGAGAGCGGCACUUUGGAUAAUUCGGUUGUAACAGUGAUUUUAGUGCCUCUCAGACGUUGAAUAAAGAGGGCUCUCAGGUCACAUUAUAUAGCCUGUGGCUGCAGUGUGGGAGUUCAUCACACACGCUCAGUGGGCUCAUUAUUCUCUGUGCUGUUUCUAUCAGAAAGUCCUUUUUCUUUCUUUGUCACUUCUAAUAUACCUGAGCUUUUUUUUUGUUAAACUGAUGUCAGUUCACUAUGUUAUCAUGUAAGCAUUACUCUACUCUACUGUCCCUAUCAUUGUAUGGUAUCAUUAUCAUUAAAUGUGCCGGUUCAUAUAUUCAUUUACAGUUUCUGUCAGUGUUUGUUCUGAUCUGAACUUGAAAAUAACACGUCGUCAUUUUGAAAUGAGCUUAUUCUUUCUUUCUGAGAGUAAGAGGAGAAGAUUGAUAUUAAUGUCAUGUCUGUGUGUUAAGUCAGGAUGUGGUUAGCCUAUCUCAGCAUAAAGACUGACCAAGGCUUAUCAACACGUCUAAAGUUCAGUAAUAAAGAUAUUGCAUCUUAUUUGUUUAAUAUGCACACAAAAUAUAAAAACAGCGACAGAAAUGUCUGAAUAAAAGUUUGUGGUUUUAGAGGGAGUCGCAUGCUGGAACUAUUUUUUGCACUGCAGCCAGAGAUGCUACACAGACGUGCUGGGCGGAUGGAUACGCUGUUGUUUGUCAUGAACUGGCUACAAGACGUAACUCCACAAAUGAUUGCCUUUACA